CCCCAACCAAAUAAUGAACAUGCAAAGCGCCAAAGAUAUAAUAACACCAUGAAUUCACAGGCAACAUUACACAAACAGAUCGAGAAGAAACAAUCUGACAACCAAAAAAACCAUGAAGAAUGCAUUACUAAUUCUAAACUGCAUCCUAUUAUCAGUAGGAUACAGUUCAGGUCCUCUAUUAAUCCGUCUCUACUUCAUCCAUGGCGGCAACCGUCUCUGGCUCACAACCUUUCUUCAAACAGUUGGUUUCCCUCUUACUUUGUUUCCACUCAUCAUAACCUUCUUUCAGCGCCGCAAAACCCAGUUCUCCACCGGGUUUUUCCUUAUUAAACCUCGCUUAUUCAUCUCCGCCGCGGCCAUAGGCCUCCUAGCGGGCCUUGACAACUAUCUAUACUCGUAUGGGAGUGCGCGUCUACCAGUGUCAACGUCUUCUCUUAUAGUUGCAACCCAGUUGGUUUUCACAGCUGGGUUUGCUUUUCUGUUGGUGAAACAGAAAUUUACGGCGUAUUCGAUUAAUAGUAUCGUUUUGUUGACGGUUGGAGCGGCUGCGUUGGCUAUGGGUUCCAGCAGUGAUCGGCCGGAAGGCGUGUCGAAGAGAGAAUACAUGUUGGGAUUUUUGUUAACAUUAUUGGCUGCGGGUUUGUGUGGGUUUGUGUUACCAUUGAUCGAGUUGAGUUACAAGAAAGCUAAGCAGGAAAUGAGUUACACUGUUGCGGUGGAGUUUCAGAUGGUCAUGGGUUUGUUUGCGACUGUUUUGUGCACUGUUGGGAUGCUCAUUAACAAUGAUUUCCAGGCGAUUCCAAGAGAAGCUGGAGACUUUGAACUUGGGAAAGCCAAGUAUUAUGUGGUUUUGGUGUCAAUGGCGAUCAUAUUCCAGAUUGUGUUCUUGGGAUCAAUAGGAGUCAUCUUUGGUGCAUCCUCUCUGCUAUCUGCAAUCAUAAUAGCAGUUACUCUUCCAGUGACAGAGAUCCUAGCAGUCAUUUUCUUCCACGAGCAAUUUCAAGCCAAAAAGGGAAUUUCCCUUGCACUCUCUCUUUGGGGCUUUGUUUCAUACUUUUAUGGUGAGAUUAAACAAAACCAGAACCAGAACCAGAACCAUACUGAUCCAGAGAGAGAAUUGUUUCUACCUGCAGCCAAUAAUCCUUCAACUCCCACUGGUGUAAAUCUUUGAAAAAGGCAAGAUCUGAUUGUACAGAAAACAACCCUCACAUAGUAGUUGUUGUUUACGUAUCUGGAAAGUAUGAAUUGUGAGAUGGCUAAAUACAACUCAACAGUAGGAAAUCACACAGGAAACAACUUCUUAGUUCUCAACUGUAUUUCAUUCAAUGGAGAUCAACUUACAUCCGA